UCAAACGAAAAAGCAGCACGGUAUCUACUACAACUCGGUGUAUUACCAUAAUCCGAUGGAGUGGCAAUGGCGUACAAGACAUUCGGAAAGACAGAAAUAUUUUUUGAAAUUUGUCAAAACAUAUGCAGCUAUCUAGAACAGAAGUCAAAAGACAUAGUAAAUGUAUGGGCGGCAUAUAGAAAGGAAGGGGAUGAAGAGACUGAUGUAGUAUUCGUUGUAUGCACACGGAAUAAAUCAGUUGAAGUCGAUUUUGAAGGCUUCUCUGUAUACCAGAGAGCCAUUUCUGAAUACAGCUCUGAGAGUAGGGAAGUUUUGGCAGAAGAAUUGAACAAGAAGUUUGACAAACCUUUGUUAGAUAUGUUAAGACUAUGUAUACAAGCCCGUGCCAAAGAAUUGUUGGUAAAUCACAGCAGUAUUAGUAUGAUAUCACCAAGCAUCAUCAAGUCUAAACGGUUCGGUCAGAACGCUCACGAAUUAAUUGUAACAAAAAAGCCAUGCAUCGCGUUGUAUGUUCAUAUUAAAGGUUUGAUUCCAAUUAAAGAAAAAGCAUUCCCAACAGAAAUAGACGGAUUCCAGACUGAUGUAAGGGAGGCUGGAUUCACUCCUUUUACCGGUGGUCCUAACGAAUUUCAUGAACAUUUAAAGAUGGGAUGUGCGGUGCAUGCAAACGUGACUAACUCGGAAGGUGAUAUUAUGGGUGGCACUUUAGGAGGCUUUAUAAAUCAUCCCAGAUAUGGAAAAUGCUGCCUUACAUGUGCUCAUGUGGUCACAAAGCCUAAUGAUAUGAUAAAUCUACGGGACAACAACGGAGGUAAAGCUGUCAUCGGAACAGACCGUAAUUAUUUGGUUUAUCAACCUGUAUGUACUGGAUCCAGGCCCUUCGGUCGACUUGUCUGCGUUGUCUAUAAAGAAGGUGGUGAAGGUAAAAGUGGAAUCGAUGCUGCUUUGAUCAAAAUAACUGAUAGAUUACCAAAAACUGGCGAUUUUCCCGACACCGAUAACUACAUUGAAGCUGGUUUUGACCAGAGUCGGCCAAUGAUUUUCAAUUCGGGAAUAACACGUGAUUUGUCCGAUGAUGAUAUCAGUACUGAAGUGGUUAAAUUUGGUGCCAUCACUGGAGUAACAAGAGGACUUGUGCGCAUGAAUGGGUCCAUUAUUCGACGGACCAACAUGUGUGGUUAUUCUGAGUUUGGUUACCUACUUCAUAAUCAAGUUGAAAUUCUGUCUGUCGGUAGCAAACCGUUCGCAUUAAGUGGCGAUUCAGGUGCACUUGUUUUUGCAAAAGACAGGUCUAAUGAGCUUGUAGCUGUCGGCAUGGUAGAAGGUGGAAUGUCAGAUGGUAGGAUAAUGAUUACGCCGAUGUGUCAGAUUUUAGCAGAACUAAUCCCUCCUUCUGAAGUACAAACAAAAGUGUCCUUAUCAGAAGAACAUCCGUCCUUUUAUCUGAAAUUGCAACCAUCAACAGAUAGUAUUGAGGACUGUGGUGUCGACAUGGCUGUUGACGACACAUUGUCAAAUGAGAAUACAAUUCCGACGCAACAUCAACUUGUAUCUGACUUUCAAAUAUUGCAUACUGAAGUGAGUCAGAUGAAAAAUGAAAUAACUUCAUUACGAAACAAUACAAAUGAGAUGUUCAGUGGCCUUUCUCAAAAAAUAGAUUUACUAUUGCAGUCUAGGCAGCCGUUUAAACACAAGUCCGGGUUCCCGUUGUCAGGGAAAGGUAAAAGAAAAAAGUGUUUUUUUCAAGGUCAGGGAAAAGUGAGGGGAGUUUAUAAUUCUUCAGGGAAAUUUGGAAAUCAGGCUAAAGUCGGGGAAAAGUCAGGGAAAUUUGGAACCAGAGAUCCAGAGCAAAAAAAUUCUGAUUUGUUAAAAAUCAAAUAGAAUGAAAGUAAAAG